AUGAAAUUGUCACUCGCUAUUUCACUUUUUGUGUCAGUGAUCAGUGCUGCAGCAGUGCAACACGUUCCAGAGCCCCACAUUACAUCAGCGCCUGUCACAUCAGAUCUGGGAGCUGCUACCAUUCACCAUGAAAAGAGAUACAAAAAUGCCAUCAUCAACAAAGAGUAUAGGGAGAAAAUGGAAGCCAAGAAAAAGGCAGCAGAGAGCACGCUGCUGAAGCCCAAAGCAUGGAUGCGUGUUGUGUAUUCUACAAAGACCGAGAGAGUGAUACCAACCGUCAUUGCUGGUGUCACUUUCAGCGCCAAACCACCGGCAACUACAGACGGAUUGGAACCAUGGAUAUCGUUGAACAAGGAUGGUUCGCCCAAGACUAUCAAACCAGACAUCAAAAAUGGUCGUAUCAGAAAGCCCUCGCCCACGUAUGGCACAUGGUUCCAGACUGCCUCCACCAUCGUUUAUACCCCUGAAGAAAUGGGGUUGGAGCACUUGGGCAAUGAAGAUGAGGUUCACGAAGAAGUUGUGUACCAAGAAGAAGACCAGACGUACCACUCGCUCAACCCGUUGAUCAGAUGUACCCCGGAUUACUACAAGUUGAAGGGUGUGGCUAAGGACCAGUCACCGGAACCAUUCUGUUUUCCUCAAGAUAGUGCACAACUUAAGCAGGAGAAAACCUACUUUGUGACCUGGUUUUCCCGGUUUUUCGCUCCAGAAGUCAAGAAUGUCAAGCUCCAUUUGACCUAUGUCAAAGAACAUCACAUGUACAAGGGAACCAAGAGAUCCGAGGUGAUGGAUAAAGGAGGACAGGCACAUGCAAAUUCAUUUUUCACCUCGGACUGGAUCGAAAAUGAUAAGGGCUUUUACCCAUUGACCAUUGAUCCCGAAUGGCUCACGAUGAAAGAGCCUUUCCGUAAAGUGAUGCUUUCUCUCCAACCAGAUAACGUUUCGGACGAGGAUUUCGACCCACAGGCCAAUUUUAUUGUCAUAGAGAUAGCCAAGGGUGCCAAGGUUGGAAAAGAACAUUUGCUUGAUUUGAAGAAACUCGAAGAAAAAUGGGACAAGGCAGACAUCGAUGGGGUUUAUGACGAAGGACCCAACAUGGAGAAAUACCUCAUAAUGAUGACAAUGCCUACGUGUGUCGCGAUCGCUGGGUUAUUGAUGUACUUCUUUGUCAUGGUGAACAAAAAGAACACCGAUCUAAGCCAUUUGCGGCCAAAACGUGCGUUGGGAAGACUCACCAACCACCGGAGAAUUCCGUUCGCUAAGAAGAAGAAACAGGAAACCGAGCUUCCACUUCUGGACAUGAACAAAUUAGAUUAA